AUGAGUGACGAGUUCAAUAUGCCGAAUCGGAGUUUCCGACCGGGCGACGACCACAUGUGGACGUCGCUGGAGAAACCCGACGGUGUCAAUGGCGCCUUGGAGCUCUACUCGCACAACAUGACGUCUACGGCGUGUGACAAGGACGGCACGUGCUACUUUUUCAUCCGCACGAUUGACGAAGUGAAUAGCGUCCGUGUAUACAAUAUGUACAAGCACCCGCCUGUUUUUGAAGAGGUCUUUUUUUGGUACCGCGGCGCGAUGGUCCAAUCGUGGAACAAAUUUUGUUACCAAGGUGGGAUGCUCGAAGUCCGGGUCCAAUUACCAGGAGCUACGGACCCGAAAUCCGGGAACCCGGAUAUCAAAGCCGGACCAAGUGGCCGGGUAGUGAAUACAAAGUACUACCCCACGUGGCCAGGGAUUUGGAUGCUCGGGAAUCUCGGUCGAGCCAUUUUUUCCGCCUCGACGAACCGCAUGUGGCCGUUCACGUACAACGAAUGUGACGACGACGUGUUCAAUUCCACGUUCCAGCGCAUUAGUGCGUGUGACGAUGAUCCAGGGUACGGGCUGAACCCGAAUCAAGGACGGGGAGCUCCGGAAAUCGAUAUCUUGGAAGGAGCGGGGAACACGGUCUCAGCUUCGGCUCAGAUUGGACCUGGGAUGCCUGAUGAGUACCGGCUGUUCUACCCGGACCAGUCCAAGGGGGACUCGAAUUCUUGCCACUAUACAGCCGAUUGCCAGACACCAGGGGCGAACCACAUUGACGUCCCGACGGCAGUGUACAAGGCACGACGGGAUCACAAGUCUUGGUACCAAGGCAUGCGGUACGCAUCGAACAACUUUUGCCGACCAAGUGGAGCUAUGAAGCAGGACUACGAUACCAUUGUUGCGUCGUUGGAAGCAGGGAUCACGGCGAACAAGUGCAGCGUUCAGACGUGCCCUGGUUCCAAUGACGUGAACGCCGAUCUCGGCCCCAUUGACGGUAAAGGCGAUGAGCAUUGGGGCAUCAAUUCCAACGGCACGUGUUUCCCGUUGUUUAACGCGUACUUGGGCUCGUACCUGUGCGAUCCGGAUAAUACGUACCAAAAGUGUGCGCAACCGCGUGACCCCGAGACCACUCCUGCCUCCGGCGCCAUGAGUACCUUUAACUACCAGAUGGACGCUUUGUCUUCCAAUUGGCCGCUCCACUUUGGGGCGUACACUAGUUAUCAUGACUACCAGGUUGAGUGGGUGACGGGUAGUAACGGCUACAUUCGCUGGAUGCUGCACGGCUCGCCGUUGUUUGAAAUCCCCGCUUCGUCGAUUGAGGACGUUCCGCAGAGCUCAAAGAAGAAUAAUCCGAAGAAGGUCAUGAUUGAAGAACCGCUCUACAUCAUCUUCAACGUGGCUCUUUCGAGUUCGUGGGGCACGUCGCCUCCUAACCCGAGUAAAGAAUGUCGUGGUGAUGGGAAUGACUCGGUGGCUAAUGCCAUUUGUGAUUCGUUCCCAAUGUACAUGAAGAUCGACUAUAUUCGACUGUACCAGGACCGAGGCUCAGGCCAGGACGAGGACAGCUACAUGCAAGUUGGGUGUGAUCCUCCUGACCAUCCGACGAAGGAGUGGAUUGAGGGGCACAUGGAUGAGUACGAAGACAAUGACAACAAGGUGGUUGAAGUGUCCGGCAAGGCGUUUUGCAAGACGAGCGACGAUUGCUCAAUUGGCGGGUCAUUGGGCCAAACGUCGUUGAAGACGGGCAAGUGUGUGAAACAGCGAUGUGAGUGCAUGUACCGCUCGUGGGGAGGUCCACGCUGUACGACGGCGACUUCAGGCUCGAGUUUGUCGUCGGAUGAAGGGGUGAAUAUCGAGACGUAUGGACCGCCAAUGGGAGUCUCGAUUGCGCUGGCAGUGGUGGCGUGUCUUUUGUCGGCGCUCUCGGUCUACAAGGCCGUGUCGAAAUCGGCGAAACAGUCCAAGGUGGCGAUGGCAGCUGUGACGGCGCAGCAAAAGGCUGCGGCGAUUUCCGAGACUGGCCCGACGAGCGAAAGUAGCGCCAAUGGCGUCCCGGUGUCGAAGGAAAAUUACCGUCAGAACUUUGUCUGA